AUGUUACUUUUCCUCUUUCUACUUGGAUUGUUUCAAGUUUAUUCGAAAUUUGUUACAUGUCCACAACUUUAUACAAGUAGACAAACUUGCGAAUCCUAAAAAGGAUGUGUUUUCUAUGAUUGGAGAUAAUCAAGUAUACAAUCUAUUUUACUUUUAGCAUGUUAUUAUGAUUGUCCAUCAUAUCCAUAGCAAGAAUGCAUUUUAUUAUUUAAUUGCAAGUGGGUUGAUUAACAAUGUCAAUUUAAAGCCUGUCUAGAUUAUUCAUAGUAAGGUUCAUUUUUAUAUUUCAUUCCUAGGACCCAAAACUUGUUCCAAUACACCUGGAUGUAAUUGGUAUUGGAAUAAAUGCAGAUAAUAAGAUUGUUAAAAUAUUGGAGCCUCUACAUAAGCAGCAUGUUCUAAAACCUAUUGUAAUUGGGAUGAAAUUUCUACUUAAUGUGUCAAUAAAAAUUGUACUGAAUAUUCUAAACCUAUCUGUUAACAAAUAACACAAUGUAAUUGGAGUUCUGAUGCCUGCAUCGAUAAUAUUGUCUCUAAUUAUGGCCAACUAUUGAUGAUUUUAUUCAUAAUAUUAUUAGUUUGA